GGCGCUAGCAGUUAACUGUAGGUAGACGAAUGUGUAAACAGAACAAUCAGCUCGCGUUUGCCAUUCGUGCCCUUUCAUUUUAGCCUAGCCUAGCUAGAGGCUAGCCUCGAGGCAAAUGGCAAGCGCACUGUUUACUAAUUCGUGUUCGUCAUUCGCCUCGCGAUCCGCACCAAUGUGUAAACGCGCCAUUCAAUUCUACUUCGAGCAUGGGGUGAGCACGGGUGUUAUGGGAUACCAGGGUAACGGAUAGAAUACAUAUAUAUAUAUAGAAAUACAUAAUAAACAUCCAUGAUUGGAGUAAAAAUGCUUUCAUUACACAAACUAGUGUUGGGUAGGACACGACUUGAAAAAGAGUUUGUAAGAGUAGCCUCUUUUUUGUACCGAGCCAGUACAAUGUCCCACUUCAAAUGAGGCGAGGCGUACUGAAGCUUGGCAAUACAUUUGAAGUGACGAGUACAAAUAUGACAUUGAGGCGUACAGAAGCUCGACAUUACGUUUGUGUGUGAGUAGCACCUCCUCUACGCACAAUCAAUCUUGAUGGAUCCAGCAUGCAGGACAGCGCUAUACACGUAGAAGAGAUAGAGAUACAGAUGGAUAGUGCGUAGAGGACUUAAAUGAAAUGUCAUGCCUCGCUCUCUCUCUCAGACUUACGAAGAGUGAGUGAGUAACGAGACGUGACUAUCGCAAUAUUUAAUGUGAAGUAGUACAUUUUAAAAUUUUAAGCCGCUCUUACAUUUUGAGGUCAUGUCCGUGACAAAUGUACCGCCUCUUGCAAGUCCUACUCAACACUAACACAAACAUCUGCCCCCACCGGGAUUCGAACCCGGGACCUCUCGAGUCGGCAACACGAUGAAACCCGGCGUACAAACCGUUUCUUUAUUGUUUGAACCAGUUUUUUUGGGGGCAGCUGCAGUUCUCGACAGAAUUUUCAUAUUUGCUCGUUUGAUAGGAAAAUACUCGGGAAUAUAGGAAACCGUUGCCAAAGCCCAAUCAAAGACAAUCGACAUGCAUACAUGAAAGAAGCGUACAGAAUGGUGUCUUGCAUAAAGGAGCAUCGCAGCAAUUCGGAAUUCCAAAAUGUCUGACACUGCUUCGGAAACUGCAACUGCUAUUGGAACCGAUUUACAUAUCCCGCGCAUUACAUUUCACCAACGACUUUGGUCCAAUCAUCCUGCUGAGACUCCAUGCGAUUUUUGGAAGCGAUCUAGGUAUGUUCAUCCCGUAUGUGGAUACCCUUAUAUAGGCACUGGAACAUCGUUUCUGAUGAACAUAUGCCUGCCUUUGGUUUGAUGACGCUGCAUCCUAGUGCGAUGUUGAAUAUAUCAUCGGCUAAAUUCAAACAGAAAACGCAAAGUUUCAGCCGAUACUACGGGUUAGAAUCUUUCGAUAAUGAAGCCGAGCUGUAUAAACGCUGGAAAGAUGAGGGUAGGCCAAGAGUAGUAAGUAUUAUUUCCUGCUACCAAAAAAACUAUAAUAAUAACUUAGGCACUGCCUUGCACCACUGUCGUGUAGCGGCAAAAUAAAUAGAUUACGAAAGAAAAAAAAAGAAAUAGCAAUACAGGAAAAAAAAAUAGAAAAAUAUAUUUAUAAGAGCAACAAAAUAUUUAUAGAAAAACAAUAUAAAAAAUAGGGGUAUGUGAAGUGUGGGGUGUGCAGUAUGUAAUGGUGCAGUGGGCGUGGGUCGUCGACUAUUUUCAGUGGAGGUUUGAGGGUAGGGAGGGUACUGGUCAUGCGUCUAAAUUCUCGGCCUGCGCUGUUGUUAGGUUGGCCGUCAAAGUGGUAGGAUGAUUGGCACUUCUGGUGGAACGGCAAGUGCAGCUGGAGGCCGGACAAUGCUGCUGUAGUCCGGGCGACAGAAAGGGUCCGCCGAUGUGGAUGACCGUAUAGUGUUUUAGUAGAGUAUGGUAGGACGGCUUUAGAAAGCUAAACUUGUAGAAAUUUGAGAGGCUCGGUAGCGAGCCAAAAAAAGUUACGUUAGCCACUUUGGCCGAAGAAAUGCUUCACUGAUCAGAGCGGCUCGGCCUUUUAUAGGUCCGGAACCAUUUAAAUUUAGACAAGGCUCGAAUUGAACUAAAAAUAAUUAAAGUAGGUAUUCUGUGGAGGUUGGUAAGGCAUAGAGCCAGUUGGAAAGAGUAUCCGUGUCAUGGGUAGCAUGGCAACGGAGAAAAACUUGGCUGUCAACCAAAAAUGUAAACAUAAACAUUAACAAAAUCAAGAAAAGCAGUUAAUUAAGAGAAUAAAUAAAUAACCAAGCGAGCAAUUAUUAAUAUAAUGAAAGGGAAAUGCCAUUUUCUCUCUCAGCAAUUGCCAUCUCUAUGUAGAUGACGAAAACAACGAAUAUGAUUUCUCUACUGUUCCAAAACAAGUGACGCUGGAAGGAACGCAUACAAAUGCAUGAACUCCACAAAGAUUCAAGGAAUGAUUAGAACAAGGACUGAAGAGUGCAUUUGGAUUUACUUUUCGGAUUUUUCGUUGCACCCCUCCAUGGACACCUGACAUUGACGCGGCAUUGUGAUUUGCACUUCAUUCAUUCAGGAAUGCUUGAGGUAGUACCCGCUACAAAGCAUUCCCUCAGCGUAUUGGACACGUUCAGCAAAGGGGAACUCGGAGACAUUUGGGGCCCCCCAAGAUCGGAGGCCCGGGUCGGGCCACCCCUUCCGCCCCCCUGUUAGUUCGCCACUGGUACGUUACACCACGAGCAAUACAGAGAGGUCCUUCUCUACACUGCGAUGUGUCAAAAAGUGGUUGAGGUCGACGAUGCUCGAUAAGUGCUUAAAUAGCCUGUGUAUGUUCAGUGAACAGCAACAGAUGGUGCUCGUGCAUUGCUCUCAUAUCAAAUUUCAUUUUUAAUUUUACUUGGCUCCCCCCCCCCCCCCCUCCUUGAACAAUCCUGGUUACGCCCUUGGAUUACAGAAUCAUGUCAAAAUCGACACAGCUAUGUCAAGAAAGUUAGCGAGAGGCCUGCAGAUCCUAUCAACAUGCAUGGCGCCGACUCCAAAUGUUAAUUUGUUUUGUUAGUUAUAAUUGUUAUAAGGU